AUGAAGCGGAAUAGUUCAUUGCAUUCACUUUUGGUGGCAGGAUCCAGAAGUAUUUUUCUGUGCUAUGAAAUUAUUACAGAUGCGGUUUCAACAUCUACCUAUGCGUCUCCAGCAAGAAGUCUGGGAGACCCAGGGAUAACACCACUCUCCCCAUCCCAUGUUGCGAAGGACUCUGAAACAAAUGACACAGAGGAGCCAUCAUUUCUUGUGGUGGUGGCUAUUGAUUUUGGCACAACGUCCAGUGGCUAUGCCUAUAGCUUCACCAAGGAACCAGAAUGUAUUCACAUAAUGAGACGAUGGGAAGGAGGAGAUCCUGGUGUGUCCAAUCAGAAGACUCCAACAACAAUCCUCUUGACUCCAGAACGAAAAUUCCACAGUUUUGGUUAUGCAGCCAGAGAUUUCUAUCAUGACCUAGAUCCUAAUGAAGCAAAGCACUGGCUGUAUUUUGAGAAAUUUAAGAUGAAGCUUCAUACAACUAAUAAUCUCUCUCUGGAAACAGACUUGACAGCUGCAAAUGGCAAGAAAGUCAAGGCACUUGAAAUAUUUGCUCAUGCUCUGCAGUACUUUAAGGAACAAGCAUUGAAGGAGCUGACUGAUCAAGGAGGUGAAGGGUUUGACAACUCUGAAAUACGAUGGGUCAUCACCGUGCCAGCUAUCUGGAAGCAGCCUGCAAAACAAUUUAUGAGACAUGCUGCAUACAAGGCAGGAAUGGCUUCCUCUGAGAAUCCUGAGCAACUGAUAAUUGCCUUGGAACCAGAGGCUGCAUCAAUCUACUGCCGGAAGCUCCGUCUUCAUCAGAUGAUAGACCUGAGUAGCAAAGGACCUGUCAAUGGUUAUACCCCAAGCGAGGCCAUUGGCACUGGCUUUACACCAGCUAAAGAACAUAUCCGGCGUAACCGACAGAGCCGCACUUUUUUGGUUGAAAAUGUCAUCGGCGAAAUUUGGUCCGAGCUGGAAGAAGGUGACAGUUAUAUAGUCGUAGACAGUGGAGGAGGAACAGUUGAUGUGACUGUUCAUCAGAUCAGAUUGCCUGAAGGACACCUAAAGGAACUCUACAAGGCAACAGGUGGGCCACAUGGUUCCUUGGGUGUGGACUAUGAAUUUGAAAAGCUCCUGUGUAAAAUAUUUGGAGAAGAUUUUAUUGAGCAAUUUAAAAUAAAGCGCCCUGCUGCCUGGGUUGAUCUGAUGAUUGCAUUUGAAUCCCGCAAGAGAGCAGCAGCCCCAGACCGGACUAAUCCACUCAACAUCACUCUGCCAUUCUCGUUCAUUGAUUACUAUAAGAAAUUUCGAGGUCAUAGUGUUGAACAUGCCUUAAGGAAAAGCAAUGUGGAUUUUGUGAAGUGGUCAUCACAAGGAAUGCUAAGGAUGAGUCCUGAUGCAAUGAAUGCCCUCUUCAAACCCACCAUUGAUGAAAUCAUUAAUCAUCUCAAUGAUCUGUUCGAAAAGCCAGAAGUAAAUAAUGUGAAGUUCCUGUUCCUGGUGGGUGGAUUUGCUGAAGCUCCAUUACUUCAACAAGCUAUCCAGAAUGCUUUUGGUUCCAAAUGCCGGAUCAUUAUUCCGCAGGAUGUGGGUCUCACAAUUCUUAAAGGCGCAGUGUUGUUUGGUUUGGAUCCUGCUGUCAUUAAAGUGCGCCGUUCUCCCCUGACCUAUGGGGUUGGGGUUCUGAAUCGUUACAUGGAAGGGAAACACCCUCCAGAAAAGCUGCUAAUUAAAGAUGGCACCCGCUGGUGCACUGAUGUGUUUGACAAAUUCAUCUCCGCUAACCAGUCGGUGGCCCUUGGCGAGACUGUGUCACGCAGUUAUACUCCUGCGAAGCCUUCGCAGCUGGUCAUCGUGAUCAAUAUCUACAGCUCAGAACACGAUAAUGUCAGUUUCAUCACUGAGCCGGGAGUGAAAAAGUGUGGCACGCUCCGUCUGGAUCUCACAGGAACUGACAUAUCUGUGCCAAACCGGAGGGAGAUCAAAACACUGAUGCAGUUUGGGGACACUGAGAUUAAAGCCAUGGCAAUUGAUGUUGCCACCUCUAAAAGUGUCAAAGCCGGUAUUGAUUUCCUCAAUUACUAAUUAGUAUGCCUUCUCUUCCCACCACCUACUGUUUCAAUCCUCUCUUCUCUCAUAUCUCAUGCGUCACAAAAUGGACUUCAACUUUAGCUACACAUUAGCUGUCAUUUGACAGUCGUUCAAAGAGAGCAUCAGGCUUGGUUGUUGUUGAAAUUAUGUAUUUAUAGGACCCAGAAUAAAUGGUUAUUAGGUGCUACAAAUGAAAUUGAAUAACCCCAAGUGGUUAAGUACACAAUGGGAACUAAUCACUGAAAUGCCACUACCCUCUUAAUUGAAAAAAAGAGCUUUACUUUGAAGUAUUUUAUACAUUCUGCACUUAGCACCCAAAUUAUCAAGGCUGAUAUCCUUAGACUUGUAUUUAAGAAUAUCCGGUGCAGCAAAUUAAAAUCAAAGAGAUUUGCAUAGGACACAAACAUACGCACAAAUUCUUUUAUGCAGCAUGAAAAUAUUAUAUUUUUGCUAUUGCUGUGGUUAAUAUCAGUGGUGAUUUAUAAGUGUUCAGCAAUAUUAUAAACAGAUCUUUCCUAUUUGCUUUAAAAUAAGCACUAAAGUUUUAAGCCAUUGGACUUUCCUUUUUUCCGAUAAUAACUAAAACAGUUAAUUCAUUUUGAGAAAUUGACCACCUGUGUUAAAAUUUCCAUGCAACAGAAAAUAUUUGCUAGGGAUGCAGCCAGGUUGAACAUAUUUUAAAGCAAUCUAGCUAUUGAUUAAAUUUUCUGAAUGUUUCUGGAGCAGGACAUAUAAAUUAUAUAAUUGGUAGAUCACAUCCACAUAUAAUUAUCUAUUUAUAGCACUCAUAAUAAUUGGUUACCAGGUGCUACAAAUGAAACUGAAUAACUCCAAGUGGUUAAAUAUACAAUGGAAAUUAGUUAUGUUCUAGGAAAAAUUCUCUCUGAUACAAGAGAAACAAAACCUACAUUUGAAAAUGGUGCUUACCAUAUGUGAUUUUUACAAGCACUUGUAUUUUUAAAAUAAUAUGUAUGCUGCCCAAAUAAUCAGGAACAUUACAGCUCUUGUAUCUAUAUGCACUCCUUUUUGACUUCAUAUAAAAAUGUUUUAUAAAUCUCCCAAAAGUUACUAAACAUCUGAAUAUUUCCCCAUGUCACUUUUUGCUUCUGGACACCCUGUAGUCAUUAAGGCGAUCUUCAGCUGGCCCAUUAAUAGGCAGCAAACAAACAAGUACAGUAGCAAUAAUUAACCAGCAAGCACCUCUGUUCUUGGGUUGGAGAGCAGAAGGAGGCAUUUUCAUUAACUCUUGUACAUGUUAAAAGAAAAAGAAAUACAACUGUUGUGUUCCUGUAGAGCAAAGUCCUGUAUAAGAAAGACAGCAUCUUUCUGUUGGAUCAGUUUAGUUCAUCUAUAGAUGAAAAAACUGUAUGAGGUUUUGCUUCACCAGGUAGACACACACAGAUUGUUGAAACCACAGCUGUGCACACACAGAACCAUUCACAUUAUCACAUUGUGUUCCCUUUUUCUUCCCUUAAUGUAACUACCUAUCCCACAUUGAGUAAGUUGUGUAUCAUAUUCAGCUCCUGCUCCCCACCAGCUUUUUUUCACCACUAUGACAAAAAAAAUAAAAUUAAAAAGACACAUUGAAUCCGUGCCAGUAAAAACUGUCAACAGGUAUAAGGGACCAGCUAGACCUUUUUCAAGUGUGACUCAGAGCAGAGCAGGAGGAGCCCCCAUCCACAGAAGGCACUUCAAAGCAUAGUGCAAUCACAGUGCCUAUGUAUGGCAACUGGUUUGCCUGGAAUGAUUCAUCACUGUCAAAAUCUUCCAAUUAAUCGCAUAUAGUAUACAGUGUGGUCUCUACUUAAGAACGUCCCUACUUA